ACAGGGGACGAGGUGCUGGAGCGUAUUAGAAAGGCAGCGGAUGCAAAAGAAGGUUGGGUCAGGGUGGAAAAGGUCAGGAAAGCAAGGGAUAGGAAGAUAAUUAUAGGAUUCGGAUCUAAGGAAGAAAGAGAAAAGAUGAAAGAAAGAUUUAGGAACACGGCAGCCGAGCUCAGUGUCGAAGAAGUCAGGAACAAAGACCCGAUGCUGCUCCUCAGAGAUGUUCUAAACAUAAAUACAGACGAGGACAUAGAGAAAGCACUGAAGAACCAGAAUAAGGGUAUUUUUGAUCCCACCGACGAGGACAACAGGAUUGUGAUAAAAUAUAGAAAAAAGACAAGGAAUCCCCAUACUAGCCAUGUCGUCAUUGCGGUGUCUCCGAGGAUCUGGCAGAAAGCAAUAGACAAAGGUUAUGCUCAUAUCGAUCUGCAACGAAUUAGGAUCGAAGACCAGACGCCGUUGAUACAAUGUACACGAUGUCUGGGCUUCGGACAUAGUAAGCGAUUCUGCACCGACCCGUCCGAUAUGUGUAGCCAUUGCGGAGGCCCG